AUGAGCUCCAGAAAGAAGGUCCUUUUGAAGGUUAUCAUCCUCGGGGAUAGCGGUGUCGGCAAGACGAGUCUGAUGAACCAAUAUGUCAACAAGAAGUUCAGUGCAAGCUACAAGGCAACGAUCGGAGCCGAUUUCCUUACGCGGGAAGUGCUCGUCGAUGACCGACAAGUGACUAUGCAGCUCUGGGACACAGCUGGCCAGGAACGCUUCCAGUCGCUGGGCGUGGCUUUCUACCGCGGCGCCGACUGCUGCGUGCUCGUCUUCGACGUGAACAACUCCAAAUCCUUCGACGCCCUCGACUCGUGGCGCGACGAGUUCCUGAUCCAGGCCUCACCCCGCGAUCCGGAUUCGUUCCCUUUUGUCGUGCUGGGCAACAAGAUCGACGUCGAGGAGAGCAAGCGCGUCAUCUCGACCAAGCGUGCCAUGACCUUCUGCCAGUCCAAGGGCGGCAUCCCCUACUUCGAGACCUCGGCCAAGGAGGCCAUCAACGUGGAGCAGGCUUUCGAGGUCAUUGCUCGCAACGCGCUGCAGCAGGAGGAGAGUGAGGAGUUCAGCGGGGACUUUAGCCAGGACCCCAUCAACAUCCACCUCGAGAACGAUAGGGACGGCUGCUCGUGUUGA